CAAACAUAUAUGCUGGAAAUCUACUAUAAUGCCUGCAUUAAGUUUAUGAAGAUCUGUAGGUAGAUACCUAUGUUACCUAAGUCGAUGUCUACCCCACGACUGGGUGGCCUAAGUGACGUCGCAUGGAUAAGACCCGAUAAGCCCGUCCCUAAGUAGGUACUUGACUUGUUGCCUCUGAUAAACAACAGAACCGUACCUAAACUUCGACCUCUUUCAUCCCAUCUCUCACCACAACUGGCGAUUUCCCGAUGCUGCGGGAAACUCUUGGAUACUGCUCAGAACAUGCCAUUUCUUAGGCAGCAUUUAUAAAGCGGAAGCCUGAAUCUCUCUGCCUUGGUCCUCGACAUACACUGCUUUGCUUCGGCCUACAUAUACACACAGCAUCUUCAUCCAGACGGAAUAAACAAACAUAGAAAAGAAGAGCCUGCCAGUCCAUCAUUCACUAUGAGUGAACUGCUUGAUUACCUAUUACACAAUGACCCUAAUUUCCGAAAAGCUCGUCUUCCCGCCCUCUACUCCGAUUUCCGGCCCCAACGAACCCUGAACCCCGAUGGCUUCCAAGCAAACGUAUCCGCCUGGAAACGCGGCUUGUCCAACGCUGCGUUGGCCGGCCACACGCCGUCGAAAUCACCCGCCCGAAACCACCUAACCCUCGAACUCGGCGAUGCCCUGCUCCGCGCCCUUGAGAGCCCGCAGUUCGGCCGUCCGCUGGCGUUGGGCACGGUCCUACAGGAGGCUCUUGCGAGCCAAGAAAUGCUUCCACUACCGCAGUUCAUGAAGGCGACGCAGAGCAUAUACCAUAAAUCAUGGGGACAGAUACCCUUCGCUGUGGCGGGGUGGGCCUUACGGCAGAUCGGCUUGACAGGUGGACCGAGCGACAGUAUGCCCAAAGGGCAGGUGGUGGUCGUUCUUCAGAAUCUCGAAGUCAUCGCGAAAGCAUUCUCGGACGCAACGGCGGACCGGAUAGCGCCGUUCGAGCGGAUCUUCUCGCGGAAGCAUUUCCGGCGGACAUUCGAGGCGAACUUGUUAAACGGGCAGAGGCUAUCGGACAACGACUUCGACGUGCUCAUCAAGUUUCUCUCGAGAGAUAAAGAAGUGCUCGCGACGGACGGCAACACGAUUAAGAUUCGAGAGCGUGGCGAGACGGCGUCCAUAUCAGAUGAGGACUCCGCCAUCGCGUCUCUGAAGGAGCUCAUAGAGGAACUGACGCACCAGACCAAGGCGUUAAGUCGGCGUGUCGAAGAGCAAAGCCAGGCCGCGAUGGACGCGGUUCGUAGAAAGGACCGCGUCUCGGCGCUCGCGACGCUCAAAUCGAAAAAACUAGCAGAGAACAACCUGAAAACACGCUAUGCGACGCUGAACCAGCUCGAAGACGUGGCCGCCAAGAUCCAACAGGCAGCCGACAACGUCCAGCUCGUCCGGGUCAUGCAGUCCAGCACCGGCGCGCUCCGCAGCCUCAACGCACAGGUCGGCGGCGCAGACAGAGUCGACGCCGUCUUGGAUGACUUGCGGGAGCAGAUGGGUGAGGUCGACGAGGUGGGCAAUGUGAUUGCCGAAGUCGGCGCCGGCGCCGGCGUGGUGAUUGAUGAAAGCGAAGUCGACAACGAGCUUGAGAGCAUGCUCGAGGAGGAGCGCGAGAAAGAACGGGAGAAGGAGGCGGACGAGACGAGACGACGACUGGCCGAGCUCGAGAAACUCGGUCCGACUCCCGUCGCGGACGGCAGGCCGGUGUCUCCGGCUACGGCGGCGGCGGAUGCGCUGGGCGGGAUGCAUUUAGAUAAUACCCGCAAUGAGUCGUCCAGAGAACAAGAGAAGGAGAAGGAGAUGGUUCCGGCAGAGUAGAUAAUCGAUCAUAUCAUAUCGGAUGAUUGUACAGACUUUUCUGCUCGUACGACGAAUCUACUUAAUCUGAAUGAAAUAAUAUCCCCGUGUGCGUGUAUACAUACAUGCAUACAUACAAAUAUACAUACACACGAGUAUAUUCCUCUUCUAUACCACCGAAAUUUCACGUGAGAUGAUUGUAGGGUGUUUUACCUACGUAAGUAUUAAGUUUGUAAUAUUUAUCAUCAGAUGAAAAAAUGAAGUCUCUUAUAUAGAUGCCGCUGAUCCGCUUGCCAUCUCCCCUCCUUCUAAGCGCCUCAUGGUCGGCGGAUCGUCUACGAUUUCAAGGACCGGCUUCUCGGCUGUAUCUAGCCUUAUCGGCGGUGCAUCCGGCUCUUCUAUCGUCUUUACUACUGUCGUGCUAGAUUCAUCUGGAG